AUGUCCGUGGCGUUCGCGGCCCCGAGGCAGCGCGGCAAGGGGGAGAUUACUCCCGCCGCGAUUCAGAAGAUGCUGGAUGAAAAUAACCAUCUAAUUCAGUGUAUAAUGGACUAUCAGAAUAAAGGAAAGACCUCAGAGUGUUCUCAGUAUCAACAGAUGUUGCAUACCAACUUGGUCUACCUUGCUACAAUAGCAGAUUCUAAUCAGAACAUGCAGUCUCUCUUACCAGCACCACCCACACAGAAUAUGCCUAUGGGUCCCGGAGGGAUGAGUCCGAGCGGCCCUCCCCCACCUCCGCGGGCUCACAACAUGCCUUCAGAUGGAAUGGUAGGUGGGGGUCCUCCGGCACCACACAUGCAGAACCAGAUGAACGGCCAGAUGCCUGGGCCCAACCAUAUGCCUAUGCAGGGACCUGGGCCCAAUCAACUUAAUAUGACAAACAGUUCCAUGAACAUGCCUUCAAGUAGCCAUGGGUCCAUGGGAGGUUACAACCAUUCCGUGCCGUCAUCCCAGAGCAUGCCAGUACAGAACCAGAUGACCAUGAGUCAAGGGCAGCCCAUGGGAAACUAUGGCCCCAGACCAAAUAUGAGUAUGCAACCAAACCAAGGUCCAGUGAUGCACCAGCAGCCUCCUUCUCAACAGUACAACAUGCCCCAGGGAGGUGGGCAGCAUUACCAAGGCCAGCAGCCACCAAUGGGGAUGAUGAGUCAAGUUAACCAAGGCAAUCAUAUGCUGGGUCAGAGGCAGAUCCCCCCCUAUAGACCACCUCAACAGGGUCCACCGCAGCAGUACUCAGGCCAGGAAGACUACUACGGGGACCAGUACAGUCACGGUGGACAAGGCCCUCCAGAAGGCAUGAGCCAGCAGUAUUACCCUGACGGUCAUAAUGAUUACGGUUAUCAGCAACCGUCGUAUCCUGAACAAGGCUACGAUAGGCCUUAUGAGGAUUCCUCACAACAUUACUACGAAGGAGGAAAUACACAGUAUGGCCAACAGCAAGAUGCCUACCAAGGACCACCUCCCCAACAGGGCUACCCACCCCAGCAGCAGUACCCAGGGCAGCAAGGCUACCCAGGACAGCAGCAGGGCUAUGGUCCUUCACAGGGCGGCCCAGGUCCUCAGUAUCCUAACUACGCACAGGGACAAGGCCAGCAGUAUGGGGCUUACCGGCCGGCGCAGCCUGGGCCCCCACAGCCACCGCAGCAGAGGCCUUAUGGGUACGACCAGGGGCAGUAUGGAAACUACCAGCAGUGA